UCAUGGUACAGAAACCGGAGUUAAGCACUGGCCUAAUGGGCCACUAGGCUUGUAAACAGACUUUACCUUUACCUAUCACUGGUAAUUGCAAAGAUUUCGAAUUGGCAGCAGUUCAGAUUACACUAAGAAAACAGUAGUUCAAAUUACCAUAAAUAAUAAAUUAAAAUUAAAAUAGUAAAUUAAUUUAAUGAUAAUAAUAACAGGAAAAUAGAGAGAGAUUUCACUAUACUGGUCGUAGCUAGAGGAUUGAUAGGGUUUACAAAUUUUUAAUUAUUUCAAGAAUGCCAGUUGGUUUAAUAACAAGUUGCAAAAUCAAUAUCUAGAUCAUUUUGGGAAAGUAGACGUGUGUCCGUUACAUGCUAGAUAGUUUGUAUUCAAUAAAUUUGUUAAAAAGUUUGUUGGUUAAGUUUAUUUAUAAGAAUGAUUUAAAUUAUGGGAUGACUGCUCUUGUUGUUAGGAAAUUUUUUAUACACUUCAAAAAUUUGAAUACGAUAGAUUUUCAAAUGUAAAGUACAUUUUCCUUGUGUACUUUUAGAUCUCUACCUAAAACAUUUUGAUUUUCAAAAUUGAGCACUCUCUUAUGUGAUUAUUGGAAGAAAGAUGUUCAAAACAGCAUAUUUUUAUGAUUUGCUCUACGUUCUAGGGAAAAGAAAUCGCUAAGUCGUGAAAUGCACGGAGAGUAACACUUUCGGUUCGUCACGUAUAUCGCAUCAAGUCCUCUUGUAAUCAUCGUUAUAACCGACGUAACGCAACAUACCGAUUAGGACAAUUACGUCAUCAGCUUAAAUCAAUGUAUUCAUUGGUCAGCUAUUUUUAUCUUUCCCUUGGUAUAAAACCUGUUCAAUAAUAUUUUGGUAGCAGACCGAGCAGACCGAGCAAACUGAAGUUUCGAUAGAAAGGAAAAAUCUUGCAUCUGUUACGGUCUUGAGAACUGCAAGGAAAUCACUGAAAUAUGCAGAAUCUAAAACUUGUGGUUAUAGGAGAUGGCGGCGUGGGGAAGUCUUGCUUUCUUAUCAGUGCUACGACCAGUCGAUUUCCUGGCGACUAUGUUCCUACAGUUUUCGAUAACUACAAUGUAAAUCUCCCAGUAAACGGCUCUCCCUGCUCGGUUUCUCUUUGGGAUACCGCAGGGCAAGAAGAUUACGAUCGUCUGAGGUUUCUCUCUUAUCCUGGAACAGACGUAUUUGUUGUGUGUUUUGAUGUGGCAAAUCGAAGUUCAUUUGAAAACGUGAACGAAAAAUGGGUUCACGAGGCGCGUUACUACGAACCCGAGACUCCAAUCCUCCUGUUGGCAACGAAGACGGAUCUUCGAAACAGCAGGUCCACUGUGUCUACGAGAGAAGGAAUGGCUCUUGCUGAAACACUUGGAGUGUCUUAUGCAGAGUGCAGCUCCAUUACAAACACUGGAGUGCAAGAAGCUCUGAAUAAAGCUGCAGAAAUGGCUGUUAGUUUCAAUACCCAGAGCAAAAGUUCAGCAUCAGCAAGAGUUUUGGGCUUAUUUAAAAGGAAAAGCAAAAAUUCCACAUCAGUUAAGGAUCAAGAAAAUCUUCCCCCUGAACUACCACCAGCAGGAUUUGCUCCUCAUGUGGAGGUACUCAGCUCAACAUUUGCCAGUGAAUGGAAUUGUAUGAUGUCUGACACAAUGAGUGCAGAUGUAAGAUUUGUAUUCUCUGAUGGAGAGUCUCUGGAAGCUCAUAGAACUGUUCUUAUUGCUUCCUCCUCUAUCUUCAAGAAUGUUUUGGUAGGAAAAAUGUCUGCAAACCAUAAAUCUUUCCAGUACAUCUUUGAAGAUGUUUCAUGGAUUUGCGAUGAAGCAGAUAACUGCCUGAAUCUUCCUCACAUAGAAGGAAAAUGCCAGGGCAAAGGUAAAACUGUAAUAAGGUUGCAUGAGAGCAUUACUAAAGGUGUUUUCUCAGAAGUUUUGUCCUUCCUUUACACUGGAUCACCCAAUCUAUCAGAUGAUGACGACAAAAACUUUAUUACAGAAAUUCAAGAUGUUGCUAAGAAAUUUCAAAUGGCAUGGUUGAUAGAUACCUGUACAAACAUUCUGUCUGGUGAUUCAUUCCUUAAUCCAAGUAUUGGCACUUGGCUAAAUGACAACACAGGACAAACAGCUAAAAAGUUGUUUCUGAACAAGCCAUUUUUAGCUGAUGUCAAGUUCUGUGUUGAGGGCAUGGUGGUUUAUGGACACAAGUUGAUAUUGAAAGCAAGGUCGGAGGUCAUGGCAGCUAUGUUGGGUGGGGCCUUCAGAGAGAGUGACUUGGAUACAGAGAUUGAGAUUAGAGACACUACCCUGCAAAGUUUCUUGGCACUGCUGGAGUACCUCUACACUGACCACGCCCCUAUAGAGGAGGGAGAUUCAGUAGAAAUAAUGGUUUUAGCAGACCGAUUCUGUCUUCCAAGACUUGUGACAAUGUGUGAGUUGUACACCACCAAGAAAGUUGAUUCUUUGAUACAGAAAAGAGUAGCUGAUGGUACAAAAGAUGUAAUAAACCUCCUCCUCACAUCACAGGCUUACAAUGCUAAACAGUUGGCUGACUGGUGUCUUCAUUUCAUUUCUACUAACUUCUCAGUGUUUGAAUCAACUGAAGAGUUUGAACUUCUUCAAGGAGAUAACAGGAAACAUGUAACUGAACAUCGAUGGCCUCCUCUGUCUUAUUUACAAGCACUAGAAGAAUUUGAGCAAAGAGCCCCGCAAUCCAAGCUUGCCUCCAAGUGUAAAGUGAUGUGAAAUAUAUACUACUUGUAA